GGCGUGGAUAUUUAUUUAAAUUUAAUUUCGUUCCCGCACACGGUGCACUGUAGGCUUUUGUGCCAAAGUCAUAUUAACCCCUUGAUUAGUUAAUAUGCAGUGCACGGCGUUGCCCACGCGCGAUGAAUAUUCAUAUUGAUGGCGUUUUUCGCCGCCGUGUCUCCACCCCUCCCUUCCACAUCCCCUCCACCCCUCCCUCUCUGCCGCACGGGCGCUACUAUGGAGGCAUCCCGGAAGACGGUGUCGUCUUCGCGGUUGUUCUCCCAAGCACAAGCACACACCGUUUGGCUCCUUCUAGUCUCCGUGUUGCUCGCUCCCUCCGACUCAAUGGCCGAUGAUAAGACGCAGCUGCCGCGCAAAGACCGCGCUCUGAAAGGAAGAGAGGAAAAGGUGGUCGUGGCAGCCAAGCAUGCUGUCAAUGGGAAUCCCACUGUGGAGCCUUUCCCAGAAGGCAUGGAGACCGUCAUGUUUGGUAUGGGCUGUUUCUGGGGAGCUGAGAAAAAGUUUUGGCAGAUUCCAGGGGUCUUCUCCACACAGGUGGGCUAUGCCGGCGGCUUCACACCAAACCCGAAUUACCCAGAGGUUUGCACAGGUAUGACGGGUCACACUGAGGUUGUGAGGGUGGUCUUCUCCCCCAAAGACAUCAGCUUCAAUGAUCUGCUCAGACACUUCUGGGAGAGCCACGAUCCUACACAAGGUAUGAAGCAGCACAAUGACCACGGCACUCAGUAUCGCUCAGCCAUUUACACAUCCAGCCCCACUCAGCAGGAGUUGGCAUUGAAGAGCAAAGUGGUCUACCAGCAGGAGCUGGGAAAAAAAGGCCUUGGUACCAUCACUACCGAGAUCCUUGAGGGGCAGCAGUUUUACUACGCUGAGGACUACCACCAGCAGUACCUGAAGAAGGUGCCGAGAGGCUACUGUGGCCUCAAAGGCACCGGCGUCUCUUGUCCCAUUGGAGCAGGGAAGGAUGAGCUGUGAAGGAUGUGUGGCGAGAAAGAGAAGGGUGAGGUUACCGAUGAGAACCUCUGAAGGCAGUUAUCUUAUCAUUUUCCGUCCUAAACCUUUUAUUGUCUUUUAUUCAAGCCUCGAGGAGUCAAGUGAAAUGUUUGGUCUUCACUGAAAAUCUCAAAAGUGUUUUACAUAAGGCAGAAAAAAAGCAUCAUAAGAUCAAAAUGAAGAACUGAAGAGAGCAUUGACGAGAACAACUGGAUUUGUAGUACAAUUGUAGCAGUUUCUCAGGCUGCAGUGACUGUUAGCUUCCAUAAGGUGGCAGUAUUUCUCAAAAAAAAAACCUCCAGCAGAAGGUUUUUAUUGUUUACCCUUUUGAUGUGACAUAUGAUAUGAUAUAACAAUUAUGAAACCUUUAAAACUUUGUCUUCCAUUUAUAACACAAUAUACCAGCAACUUUAAUGUAAUCACAUUACUUCAAAUAACUGAUAUGAAUGAAUUUACUCAGUCAAACAGGCUGAACUAUGCCUUCUAUUUUCUUAAUGUUUCACUCUGGAAAUAAUAAAACAUAUUGCCUGCAA